AGCCCAGCCACUUCAAGGAGGUUUCUAACUGAACCAGGAAAACCAUGACGUGCUGUGAAGGGUGGACAUCCUGCAAUGGCUUCAGCCUGCUCAUUCUGGUCGUGCUAGGAGUGGUUAUUAAUUGUAUACCCCUGGGUAUCAGCUUAGUGGAGGCAGACUCGAUUUCUCAAAACCCCAUCUCCUGCUAUGAGUGGUGGUUCCCGGGAAUUAUAGGAGCAGGUCUGAUGGCCAUCCCGGCAACAACAAUGUCCUUGGCAGCAAGAAAAAGAGCGUGCUGCAACAAUAAGACCGGGAUGUUCCUUUCAUCGCUCUUAAGUGUGAUCACAAUCGUUGGUGCUGUGUAUUGCAUGUUGGUAUCACUCCAGGCUCUCUUGGAAGGACCUCUAAUUUGUAACACUCAGGCCAACAGUACUGUCACUUGUGAAUUUUCGUUGAAAAACUUAAGUAACUUUCGUCCUGAAUCCUUCAAUCUGCUGUGGUUCUUCAAUGACACUUGUGUUUCUCCUACUGAUUUUAAAAACCCCACCGUUAAUAACAUGGUCAGUAACUGGAAAAUACCCAACUCCAACUCUGAAGAAGACAGACACAGGAUUUUCCACUUCUCAGUAUUUAUGAGUCUCCUGCUUGUUGGAAUCCUCGAGCUCCUGUUUGGGCUCAGUCAGAUACUCAUUGGUUUCUUUGGCUGUCUGUGUGGUGUCUCUCAGCGACGGAGUCAAAUUGUAUAAAGGGUAAUAAACUAGAAUAUCAGUACUUUGAAUAAUUUGAAAAUUGUAUUUAAAAUACAUACUUUUGUAAGUUCAGUAAUGAAGCAUCUUCUAGAACACGGAGUCACUUUAGUGCAAACAGAUGUUUUUAGAAUCAUCUCUGAAGCAACUUU